AUGAAGUACGCACUUUCUCUCGUCGCCAGCGGUGCUGUCCUCGCUGCCGCCCAGCAGGGCCUCGGCUCGUGCGCUCAAAACUGCUUCAACAACAUGGUUGGCAUUGCCUUGAACCAGUUCCACUGCGCCAUUGGCGAUGUCGCCUGCUACUGCUCUCACCCUGACUUCGGCUAUGGUGUCCGCGACUGCUCCAACCAGGCCUGUUCCGCUCAAGAGGCCGCCGACGCCAUUGGUUUCGCCAAUGCCUACUGUGCUGCUGCCGUUAGCUCCGCCAGCAACUCGGUCGCUUCCAUCCUGAGCACUGUGUCCGGCUCUGGAUCUAAUUACGCAUCAGCUACCUCUGCCGGCGCUGCUGCUGCCUCUUCUGGUCUGGGUAUCCUCGGUGGUGGCGCUGCUGGCUCUCAGUCUUCCGGUGCUCAGUCUACUGGCUCUCAGUCUUCCGGCGCCCAACAGUCGUCUGGCAGCACUUCUUCUGCCAUCACCACCUCGGCUCUUGUUGGAACCAUCACCUCGGAUGGUAGCGCCAUUCCUACUACCACUGGCUUCUCUACGAUCUACUCCGUCGUUCCCAUCGUUGGUGGUAUCGUCGGUGGUGGCUCAUCUGGUGCCUCAAGCGGUGCUUCCGCCGCCAGCUCUAGUGCUUCCAGCGCCGCAGCUGCUGCCAGCUCCGGUGCCUCAUCCGCUUCCUCGGUCGCCUCGUCUGCUGCUUCCAGUGCCUCGUCGGUUGCUUCCAGCGCCAUGUCGGGUGCUUCGUCGGUUGCUUCCAGCGCUGGAGCCGCUGCCUCAUCUGGCGCCUCGUCUGCUGCAUCUCACGCCUCGAGCGGUGCCUCUUCUGUCGCAGGUGCUGCCAGCUCUGGUGCCUCUUCUGCCGGAAGCGCUGCCAGCUCUGGAGCUUCUUCUGUAACUUCUCGUGCUUCCAGCGGUGCCUCCAGCGUUGCCGGUGCCGCCACUUCGGGUGCUUCUUCGGUUGCUUCUCGCGCCUCAUCGGCCGCCGGUGGUGCUUCCAGCGCUGCCUCGUCGGUUGUCGCCACUGCUGGUGCUCCCAUCCAGACCGUUGGCCCCAUGAUGGGUGCUGCUGCUCUUGCCGCUCUCAUGCUUGUUUAA